AUGCGCCUGCCGCUGCACCCCUUCUUCAGCGACGCGCUCGCGCACUUCGGCAUCGCGCCGUCGCAGCUCGCGCCCAACGGGUGGCGCGUCCUGGCCGGCUUCGCGGUGCUCUGCCACUUCCGCGGCGCCGGCGCGCCCUCCCUGCCGGUGUUCCGCCACUUCUUCGCCCUCACGCCGCUCCCCCACGGGAAGGGCUGGUUCUCCUUCCGCUCCAGGGAGAGCGUCCCAGCGCUCUUCACCGGGCUCCCCACGUCCGUCAAGGGGUGGAAGGAGGAGUUCCUGCUCGUGUCGCCUCCGCCGGGCGCGCCGUGGCGGUGCCCCGUGCGGUGGGGCUCCCCGACGAAGGAGGCGACGAGCGACCCCAUGCUCACCGGCAGCGAUGCGGCCGUGGCGCGCCGGCUGUCGCAGGGGCAGGGCGUCGUCGACCUUAAGACGUACCUGUCCGACAGCAACCUCGUCGCCGCCAAGAUUAGCCGCGCUCCGGCGUGUCUCGGGACGGGAGCUUCCCAAGGUGCAGCGCCGCCCACGGCCACAGGGAAGAAGAGAAAGGUGGCUGCUCCUGCUGGUGCUACGGCUGCUGGUGGUGGCGGGGGCGGCGACGUGCUUCGUUCGGAGCUGCGCGCGAAGGAGAUGGCUCUCUCCAAGGCCAAGGGCGAGAUCAGCCAGCUGAAGAAGGAGCUGAGCGAUGCCAAGAAGAGGGAGCUCGCCGACGCGCAGCAGGCACUGGCCUACGCGGCGCAGGUGCUCAAGCCCGAAGGCAGCGGCAAGGGCGCUGGGGCCGGCAAGCGGCGGCGUGGCGCCCAGUGA